UUUCUCCCUCUCAGAACCUUCCUGCUGCCGCGUUCGGACCUCUCUGCUCCAGCCUCCCGGGCGCGUUCCAUCGUCGCCGCCUGCGAUCCGCAGAGACAAAAAUUGUAUAUCGUUCUUUUACCCCGCACACACCUGAGGCGAGGAAAACAAAAAAAGUAAUAUUAAAUUUUCACCAUGAGAGAAAUCGUGCAUAUCCAGGCUGGUCAGUGUGGCAACCAGAUCGGUGCCAAGUUCUGGGAGGUGAUCAGUGAUGAACACGGAAUCGACCCCACCGGCACCUACCACGGGGACAGCGACCUGCAGCUGGACCGCAUCUCUGUGUACUACAAUGAAGCCACAGGUGGGAAAUAUGUUCCUCGUGCUAUCCUGGUGGAUCUAGAACCUGGGACCAUGGACUCUGUUCGCUCAGGUCCUUUUGGCCAAAUCUUCAGACCAGACAACUUUGUCUUUGGUCAGUCUGGGGCAGGCAACAACUGGGCUAAAGGCCAUUAUACAGAAGGGGCUGAGCUGGUCGACUCUGUCCUGGAUGUGGUGCGGAAGGAGGCUGAGAGCUGUGACUGCCUGCAGGGCUUUCAGCUGACCCACUCACUUGGUGGAGGCACAGGCUCUGGAAUGGGCACGCUGCUCAUCAGCAAGAUCCGUGAAGAGUAUCCUGACCGCAUCAUGAACACCUUCAGUGUGGUGCCCUCCCCCAAAGUCUCCGACACCGUGGUUGAGCCCUACAACGCCACCCUUUCUGUCCACCAGUUGGUAGAGAACACCGAUGAGACCUAUUGCAUUGAUAAUGAGGCCCUCUAUGAUAUCUGCUUCCGCACCCUCAAGCUGACCACACCAACCUACGGAGACCUGAAUCACCUUGUCUCAGCCACUAUGAGCGGUGUCACUACCUGCCUCCGCUUCCCAGGCCAGCUCAACGCCGACCUCCGCAAGCUGGCAGUCAACAUGGUACCCUUCCCACGUCUCCACUUCUUCAUGCCUGGUUUUGCCCCGCUAACCAGCCGUGGUAGCCAACAGUACCGGGCCCUCACUGUGCCUGAGCUCACCCAGCAGGUCUUCGAUGCCAAGAACAUGAUGGCUGCCUGUGACCCCCGCCAUGGCCGAUACCUCACUGUGGCUGCCGUCUUCCGUGGGCGGAUGUCCAUGAAGGAGGUAGAUGAGCAGAUGCUUAACGUACAGAAUAAGAAUAGCAGCUACUUCGUGGAAUGGAUCCCCAACAAUGUCAAGACGGCUGUCUGUGACAUCCCACCCCGUGGCCUCAAGAUGGCAGUCACUUUCAUCGGCAACAGCACCGCCAUCCAGGAGCUCUUCAAACGCAUCUCAGAGCAGUUCACUGCCAUGUUCCGUCGGAAGGCUUUCCUCCACUGGUACACAGGUGAGGGCAUGGACGAGAUGGAGUUCACCGAGGCUGAGAGCAACAUGAACGACCUCGUCUCCGAGUACCAGCAGUACCAGGAUGCCACCGCAGAAGAGGAGGAGGAUUUCGGUGAGGAGGCCGAAGAGGAGGCGUAAGGCCGAGCACCAUUACCUCAGGCUUCUCAGCUUCUUCAGCCUUCUUCAUCAACUGCCCCUUUCCUCUCCCUCAGAAUUUGCAUUUUCUGCCUUUCCCCACCCCUUGAGGAGGUUCUAGAACAGUGCCUGGCACACAGUAGGCGCUCAAUAAAUAUUUGUUGUUUGUUGAA